CAAGUCCUUACUUCCUUAAUCCCACAUACUAAUAUUAUUCCCCCCAUCACCACCCUCAAACCUCAACUCAAAUAGGUAGAUAAGACUUCUUCUUCUCUUCUCAUUCUCUCUCUCUCUCUUUAUUCUCUCACAUAAACACCUCUCUUCUUCAAAAAAAAAAAAACAACCUUUUUUUACAAAAACACUCACAAAAAUACAUAAAAAACCAUGAAAAAACUCUACAAAAAAGGGCAAGUUCACCCUUCUCCAUCUCCAUCUCCAUCUCCAUCUUCAUCGUCUCCUGAAUUUUCUCUCUCCUAUCUUCCAGCUGCCAUUCUAACUCUUGCUGCAUCUCUCUCUUCUCAAGACAAAGAAGUCUUAGCUUAUCUUCUAUCUUGUUCUUCUACAACACCUUUUGAUUUUGACCCUUCAAAAUCAUCCUCCAAAAAACACCUCAAAAAUAGUAAUAAUAAUAAUAAUCAACAACAUCCUCCUUGUUUUUCCUGUUAUUGUUUCACAUGUUACACUAAUUUUUGGGCUCGUUGGGAUUCGUCCCCGAAUCGUCAGCUUAUUCAUGAGAUUAUCGACGCUUUUGAAGAUAAUUUGUUGUCUCAAAGAAAGAAGAAACAAGGAUUAAGCAGAAGAGGUAAAAGGAAGAAUAAUAACAAAGAAAAUACUUGUAUCAAAGGAAGCUUUGAUAAUAUUAAUAUUACUACAACUAAUAAUAAUAAUAUCAAUAUUAAUGUUAAUAAUAUUGAUAUUAUAAGUUGUAUUAUGAAUGAUGAUGAUGUUCAUGGCUCAGAUGGGUCUGUCCGAGUUAACACUGAGUUGGGUCGAGUUGACUCAGUGGAAGAAGAUGAAGAUGAUGAUGAUGAUGAUGUUGGUGAUGAAACAGGGGAAAAACAGGGGUCUUCUGUAAGGAAGAUUGUGAGUUUUAUUGGUGAGAGAAUUUGGGGAAGUGUUUGGGGUUGAGAAAAUGAGAAGAUGGAUAAAUUUUAAAGGUGGGUUAAUUAAGUUUUUUUUGCUAAGUUUAUGAAUCUACUUAAUUUUCUUCCCAACUUCUUUUUUUUAGUAAGUAAUUAAGACUUGUUUAGCUUUGUUUCUUAAUUACAAUCUUGUAUGAUAUACUCCCCUGCUCUUUUUUUUUUGUAUUAUUAUGUAAAAAAAAUAUAUGGGCAGUUUUGAUCUUGUCA